AUGUCCUCUGAGGCAGAGAAGGACCUCUCCUGUCCAAUCUGCUAUGACAUCUUCAAAGACCCGGUGGUGCUCUCCUGCAGCCACAGCUUCUGCAAGAGAUUCGAGAGCCCACACCAGGACCACGGUGUCCGGCCGCUGGGCGAGGCGGCCCAGGACCGCAGGGAGGACCUCCUGAGGAGCCUGCAGCCGCUGAAGAGGAGACUGGAGCUCCUCAAACAGGCCAAAGGACGCUGCGACCAAACAGCAGAACACGUCAGGGUCCGGGCCAAAGUGAAAUACUGCCCCCUGCUGGACGAGCCAGAGCCAGCCUCAGGAGCCCUGAUGGACGAGGCCAAACAUCUGGGAAACCUGACGUACAACAUCUGGAGCAAGCUGAGGAGGAUGUUCUCCUUUACUUCCAUCCUCCUGGAUCCAAACACGGCUCAUCCUGAUCUCAUCCUGUCUACGGAUCUGACCAGCGUCACGUUUGGGCCGAGGCAGAAGCUCCCCGAGAACCCGGAGAGGUUCGACCAGCACCGCUGCGUCCUGGGCUCCCGGGGCUUUAGCUCGGGGGCCCACCGCUGGGACGUGGAGGUCAGAAGCGGUCAGAACCGGGGCGUCGGCGUGGUGAAGGGGUCCGUUCAGAGGAAGGGAGGCAUUCAGGACGGGUUCUGGGGGAUCUGUCUGUUCAACGGGAACUUCGUGGCCGUCUCUCGUCCGUUUCCAGACAAAGACCUCCGGGUGAAGAGAUUGAGGCGGAUCAGAGUUCAGCUGGACUGCGACGGAGGGACGCUGUCAUUCUUUGACUUAGACUCCGACAAACACAUCCACACCUUCAUCCACACCUUUACUGAGAAGAUGUUUCCUUUUAUAGGGACCGAUAAUGAGUUACCGGUGAAAAUACUGCCAGUAAUCGGCUGGUGAG